AUGACUACCGCCUCUCCGUCUACCAUCGUUGAUGACAAACCGGCCGUCGCGCAUGUCGAACAUCGGGUGCCUGACACAAAUGCAGCGCCCGUUGAUGGCAAGGUCCCUAAUGCUGGGCCGACAGUAUCGCCAAGUAGACAAAUAGGCCUGUUGGAGUCCCUUCGCACCUACAAAUUCGCUUCGAUUAUCUGCAUUCUUGCUGCGGUUGGGGCGCUCUCAGAUGGAUACCAGGUCCAGAUGUCUGGGAGUAUUGUCGCCCUGCCCGGGUUUAUCCGCACAUUCGGAGACCUUCAACCUGAUGGGGAGUACAAAAUUGAUCCUCAGCAUAUCUCUCUCUGGGGCUCUCUCAAGAAUGUUUUUGCUAUGCUGGGUGCGGGAAUCGGGUCCUACCCAACAGACAAAUUUGGUCGUCGGUGGAUGAUAUUUGCUGUCCAAAUCAUCAUGACCGGGGCUUGUGUCCUGGAGCAACUAGCCACACACUGGACGCACUGGCUUGGUGCUCGGUUCCUUGACGGCUUCUCUAUUGGCCUUGCGCAAUGUUGCAUCAACGUGUAUAUCUCGGAAAUGGCACCGACCCCUUGCCGUGGUGCUUUAAUGAGCCUUGUUCAGUUAUUUUACUCCAUAGGCUCAUUCUUAUCAGCCAUAUCACUGAACAUCGUUUCUCAAGACGAACCUUCAAACUGGCGCCACGCUGUUCUGUCCCAAUUUGCACUGUGUGCAGCUGCCCUUAUUGCAUGGCUCUUCCUUCCAGAGUCGAUCCGUUGGCUCUGUGUUACUGGCCGCGAAAGUCAAGCAAAAAAGGUCAUGGAAAAGGUAUACCGUGGCGUCGAGGGCUACAAUAUCGACGAAGAAUACAAUAAGAUCAUGCUCGAGAUUGAGAAAUCACGUCAGACUGCAGCAAUUCGGGAUGCAGGGUCAUACAUAGAUGUAUUCCGGGGAUCUAACUUGCGUCGAUUGAUCAUCUCGUUCCUACCAUGGCACUGGCAAGUCGCCAUUGGCGUCCCCAUAAUUUCCACCUACUCGAGCUACUUCUUCGACAUGGCCGGCCUGGCCAAUCCGUUCAACGGAACCGUCGCAACCAAUGUUGUUACGAUUGUUAUGCUUUUCGUCGCCAUUCCUCUUGUCGAACGCCUCGGUCGACGUACGCUGCUCCUUUGGUUUGCCCCAAUCUGCAUCUUCUCUCUUCUUAUCAUCGGCGGCGUCCUCAGAGCAGAAGGGCCAGCUGUUGGUCCUGUAUUAGUUACAUUUGCGUGCGUCUGGAGCGUCGGCUACAAUCUCUCCUGUGGUCCGAUGGGAUAUAUCUAUGUCGCUGAGACAGGCACGACAAGACUUCGUGCCAAAACAACGGGGGUCGCUAUCAUCUUCAUUCAGGGGAUGGCGACAGUAUACGUCUACAUCGCUCCCCUCAUGCUCAAUAGCCCAGCCCUCGGUAUGAGCAACACUGUCUUCUUCUGGGUUGGAACAGGUACUCUUGUUUAUAUCUUGGUUUGGUUUCUAGUUCCUGAAACGAAAGGUCGUUCUUUCGAGGAACUUGACGAACUCUUUGCUCGUGGUAUCCCUGCGUGGAAAUUUGCCCAGACCAGGACGUCGGUUCAGGAUGAUGCUCCCUCUCAACUUCAGGGGCCAAGGGCCAUAGAGGCAUAG